AAAAAUCUGUUGAGUUUAACCAUCCAUCACACUCACUUGAAAAUUAAAGCUUAUUGUUUAAAGUUUUUGAAAUUUUUUGAAAUUUCCUGACGAUAAUUCGGUAUAUUGUUUUUUUCUCUUGGCAAAAAUGGCUUUACUACAUGAUCUUGGUGAUAAUGAUACUGCUGAACAACGUGAAAAACAAUCUCAAUAUUUAGAUUUUCUUGAUGAUGAGAAUGAUCAAGGUUAUUAUGCUGAAGCUGUUAAACAUAUGAUUAAAACACAACAACAACGUUUAAUUGUUAAUGUUAAUGAUUUACGUCGAAAAUUACCAUUACGAACAAAAUGUUUAAUUCGUUCGGCAAUCGAAGAAAUUGUACUGUUUCAAAAUGCACUUCGUGAAUAUAUCAGUCAUCAGGCACCAGAUUUUGCCGAUAAUUUUGAUGAAUUUUUAAUCGGUUUAGAAGGUAGUUUUGGUUCACAUCAUGUUACACCACGUAAUUUAUCAUCAAUAUUUUUGGGAUCUAUUAUUGCUGUUGAAGGUAUUGUAACAAGAUGUUCAUUAGUACGACCGAAAAUUGUUCGUUCAGUUCAUUAUUGUCCGGUAACCAAAAAAAAGCAUGAACGUCGUUAUACAGAUUUAACAUCAUUAUCAGCUUAUCCAUCCAGUUCGGUUUAUCCAACCAAAGAUGAAGAUGGUAAUCUAUUGGAAACUGAAUUUGGUCUUUCUACAUACAAAGAUCAUCAAAUACUUUCGAUACAGGAAAUGCCGGAAAAAGCACCAGCAGGUCAAUUACCUCGAUCUGUUGAUAUUAUUGCCGAUAAUGAUUUAGUUGAUAUUUGUAAACCUGGCGAUCGUGUACUUAUUGUUGGACCUUAUCGAUGUCUGCCCAACAAACAAGGUUAUUAUACAUCGGGAACAUUUCGUACGGUUGUUUUGGCUAACAAUAUUAAUCAAUUGAAUAAAGAAGUUUCAACUGUCGACUUGAUGCCCGAAGAUUUACAACGUUGUCAACGAUUUUCACGACAAAAAAAUGUUUUCGAAGUUUUAGCUCGAUCAUUAGCACCAUCCAUUUAUGGACAUGAUUAUAUUAAAAAAGCAUUACUUUGUAUGUUGCUUGGUGGUUUGGAAAAAAUUCUACCCAAUGGUACACGUCUUCGUGGUGAUAUCAAUAUCUUAUUGAUUGGUGAUCCAUCCGUAUCGAAAUCACAAUUAUUACGUUAUGUAUUGAAUUGUGCACCAAGAGCUGUUGCUACUACUGGUCGUGGAUCAUCGGGUGUUGGUUUAACAGCUGCUGUUACACAUGAUCCAGAAACUGGUGAUCGUCGUUUAGAAGCUGGUGCUAUGGUUUUAGCUGAUCGUGGUGUUGUUUGUAUUGAUGAAUUUGAUAAAAUGUCCGAUAUUGAUCGUACGGCUAUUCAUGAAGUUAUGGAACAAGGCAAAGUAACCAUCACCAAAGCUGGUAUACAGGCACAAUUGAAUGCACGAUGUUCAGUAUUGGCAGCUGCUAAUCCAGUUUAUGGUCGUUAUGAUCAAUAUAAAACACCGAAUGAUAAUAUUGGAAUGCAAGAUUCAUUACUUUCACGUUUUGAUUUAUUAUUCAUAAUGUUGGAUAAAAAUGAUAUUGAAAAUGAUACAGAAAUUUCUGAUCAUGUUGUUCGUGUACAUCGAUUUCGUCCACAUGGUGAACAAGAUGGUGAACCACUUCCUAUUAUUACAAAUGCUGAUUUUCUUUCAACCAAAAUGAAUCAAACAAAAAUGGAUGAUGAAAAUGAAUCUGGACAGGAUAUUUAUGAAAAAUAUGAUCCAUUACUUCAUGGAAAACGUAAACGAAAUGAAAAAUUCGUUACUAUGAGCUUUAUGCGUAAAUAUGUUCAUUUAGCUAAAGCUAUCAAACCACAAUUAAGCCAAGAUGCUAUUGAUAUUAUUGCUGAAGAAUAUUCAAAACUUCGUACUUAUGAUUUAGAACAAAAUGAUCUUUGUCGCACACAACCGAUAACGGCUCGAACAUUAGAAACAUUGAUACGUUUAUCAACUGCUCAUGCAAGAGCUAGACUUUCAAAAUCAAUUGAUGUGGUUGAUGCUAAAGCUGCCGUAGAAAUGGUUCAAUUUUCACAUUUUCAAAAAGUAUUGGAAAAACCUGGAAAACGUAAACGUCGUAUCGAUGAUGAGGAUGAUGAAGAAGAUGAAGAUGAUGAAAUUGAAGAUGAAAUGGAUGAUGAUGAUGAGAAUGAUGUUUAUGCAUUGCGUUUCGAUGAUGAUGAUAAAAAACCAAGAAAAUCACGUCAUAUUGAUCAAGAUGAACCAAUGGAUAUUGGUGAACAAACAACAAAAUUGACAACAAAAAUUGAAGUAUCAAUGACAGCAUCGCCAUUGACCGAAAUGCCCGAUUCACGAUUCAAAGAAUUUCGACAAUUUUUAUAUAAAAUAUUUCGUGAACAUAAAUUAUCAAGUUUAAAUAUGGAUAAAAUUUAUAAAUCCUGUGAAGAAGAAGGUAAAUCAAAAUUUACUCGUGCUGAAAUUGAUUUUGCAUUAGCCAAAAUGAAUGAUUUGAAUCAGAUAUUCAUUUCAAACGAUAUGGUCAUUUUGAUUUAA